UUUCCGCCGGAAAAGGUUCCGUCCGGUCCAGACGGGUCUGUCUCUCAUUUCUGUCUUUAUUUUCGGUUCGGAAUCGUUCAACUGAUCCGGUACAGAACCGGACCGGUUCCGAAGAUACACCGUAAUCUGCUGUCCGGUUUUGUCAGUAGGUGCAGGGUCUCGAUGCAGAUGCUGCGGGUGAAAUGAAUAAGGCCCCUCAGCCUCUGUCAGGACCCCCAUCCGCCCCACCCCACCCCACCGCACCCUCUCCAGGCCUGAGCCAGUCCAGUUUUCCUCCUGGUCAUCCAGUGGUGUUCGGGACUCCUCCACCACAGAUGAACCCCGCAGCUCCUCCCCGACAGUUUGCCUCAGGUCCUAGAGCUUUACCACAACAGGGAGGAUUCAGGUCACUGCAGCCGUACUAUGCCGGUCGGCCCACUUUACCCACCAAUUCUGGGCGUGUCCAGACAAGCUCCGCCCCUCAGCCCAUCCCCCCUCCACAUGCAGCCCGCCCCCCUCAUGUAUUCCAGCCUGGCCCUUCCCAGAUGAUGAUGAUUCCCCAGCAGCCAAUCAGCUUCCCCAAUUCACAAGGCGCCGCUUAUUAUAUAUCUGGCCAGUACCGUCCCUCAUACGUGACCCCGCAGCAGUAUCAAGUGGCCAGCUCCACUGCAUUCUACACUGGCACCAGCCCAGCUGAUUACGCCGGGGCUUAUUACCCUGCUCAGGCCCAGUUCACGCCCCCUGUUGCUGCACCGCAAGUGAUCAUGAACCCCGCCCCCCAACAGCAGCAGGCCCCGCCUCCUCCUCCACAGCAAGCUCCGCCCAGACGUGAACGCAAACCGAUCCGGAUCAGAGACCCGAACCAGGGCGGUCGUGACAUCACAGAGGAGAUCAUGUCAGGAGGACGCAGCGGCUCCACGCCGACGCCUCCACAGCCCAACGGUGAUAGCAUCACAUCCACAGUCAUCAUGACAAGCAGAGCGGAGUUUCCCAUCCCUCCAGGUGAAAGCCCAAUACCAGACACACCUCCGACUCCACCCCCUACCAGUCCCAUAAGCGAUACUGUAGAUGCCCCGCCUCCAGCACCUGUAGACGACGCCCACUUUACACCCAUUUUGGUGGAACCGCCCCCCUCUAACGGUGCAGAGGCCACACCCACCCAAAUAAAAGAGGAGGGACCUGUAACAAUAACCCCGCCCAUCUCAACCCCACAUCUGGAGCCAUCGCUUGAGUCUCCAAUAGCGCAGCCUGAAGAGCUCCAGCUGUUCAAUGGCGUCCCAGUGGGAUCCGCCCACAGAGACGUAAGUCCAAUCGCAGAGCCCGACAUCACUAAGGAAGCACUACCGGUUACCAAGGAAAUCCCUGAUAGGACAGUCAAAGAAAUCCCUCCUCAGGUUGUCAAGGAGACUCCUGUUGUGGUUGUUAAGGAAGUGCCAGCUCCGGUUGUCAAGGAGCCUGUUCCAACGAUUGUCAAGGAGACUCCCGCUCCUGUCGUUAAGGUGCCUGUGGUUGCCAAGGAGACGCCUGCAUCAGUUGAUGUGAAAGAGCCUGUAGUCAAGGAAACGACGCCUGUUGUCAAAGAAGUCAAGGAAAUUCCUGUCGUCAAGGAAAUUCCUGUCGUCAAGGAAAUUCCUGUUGUCAAGGAGAUUCCUGUUGUCAAGGAGAUUCCUAUUGAACCUUUCAUUGAAACUCCGCCUGUGGUCGAGGAAACACCUUCUGUUGUUGCCAAGGAGACCACGGAACCGCUGAUCAAAGAGCCACCUGUCACUGCCACGUCAGAGGUCAUCACGUUUGCUUCUAAAGCCACACCCCCUCCGACUGAAGAGCGUGAGGACACGCCCCCUACACAGACCACGCCCUCUGAGACUACUAUGCAAGUGGUUUCUGUGCCAAAGAAGAAGAGGAAAAUGAAGGACCUGAACAAGAAGGAGGCCGGUGAUCUGCUGGACGCCUUUAAAGAGCCCACCCCUCCUGAACCUGAAGCCACACCUGUUGUGAAGGCGGAGCCAGAGAACCCUGCCCCUGUGGCCCCGCCCCCCGCUGAAGAUGUGGAUGAAACGUGGGAGGAGAAAGAGGACAAACUGGAUGCUGAAAACAUCAAGCCUGAGAGCCCGACCACGCCCACUGAUCAGAAAUACCAGUAUAAAGCAGAGCAAUGGAAACCUCUGAACCUGGAGGAGAAGAAGAAAUACGACCGAGAGUUUCUGCUGGGCUUCCAGUUCAUCAGCGCCAGCAUGAGCAAACCUGAGGGUCUGCCGCACAUUUCUGAUGUAGUGCUGGAUAAGGCCAAUAAGACUCCUCUGCGUCAGCUGGACCCCAGUCGUCUGCCGGGGAUGAACUGUGGUCCAGACUUCACUCCGUCGUUUGCCAAUCUGGGCCGUCCGUCAGCUGGAGGACGAGGACCGCCAUCAGGUCUGGGUGGUCCACGGCGCUCUGGUCAGGGUCUCCAGCAUCAGCAGCAGCAGCAGUACCGCGGUAAAGAACCCAGGAAGAUCAUCGCCAGCGUGUCUCUGACUGAAGACGUGCAGCUGAAUAAAGCAGAGCAGGCCUGGAAGCCGUCAGUGAAGCGCAGCACAGAUGAGGAGCAGCCGGAGCUGCAGACGCAGGAACUGUUCAAACGCGUGCGCAGCAUCUUAAACAAGCUGACGCCGCAGAUGUUCCAGCCGCUAAUGAAGCAGGUCACCGAGCUCUCCAUACACACAGAGGAGCGGCUGAAAGGAGUCAUCGACCUCAUCUUCGAGAAGGCCAUCUCAGAGCCUAACUUCUCCGUCGCGUAUGCCAACAUGUGCCGCUGCCUCAUGGGGCUGAAGGUUCCCACGGCUGAUAAACCGGGAGUGUUUGUGAACUUCAGAAAGCUUCUGCUGAACCGCUGUCAGAAAGAGUUCGAGAAAGACAAAGAUGACGACGAGACAUUCGAGAAGAAGCAGAAGGAGUUGGACGCUGCCACUGUGGAGGAGGAGCGGCAGAGGCUGAAGGAGGAGCUUGAGGAUGCCAAAGAUAAAGCCCGGCGACGGUCGCUAGGCAACAUCAAGUUCAUCGGUGAGCUGUUCAAGCUGAAGAUGCUGACAGAGAACAUCAUGCACGACUGCAUCGUCAAACUGCUGAAGAACCACGAUGAGGAGAGCUUAGAGUGUCUGUGCAGACUGCUGGCCACCAUCGGCAAAGACCUGGACUUCGAGAAAGCCAAGCCCCGAAUGGAUCAAUAUUUCAACCAGAUGGAGAAGAUUAUUAAGGAGCGUAAAACCUCCUCCAGAAUCCGCUUCAUGCUGCAGGACGUUCUGGAUUUACGACGGAAUAACUGGGUGCCACGCAGAGGAGAUCAGGGCCCGAAAACCAUUGAGCAGAUCCACAAGGAGGCGCAGCUGGAGGAGCACCGCGAGCAGGCGAAGGUGCAGCAGCAGCUCCUGUCCAAGAAGGAGAGCCGAUCUGGGGCUUCGGCCGGAGGAGGAAUGGGAUCCCGUGGGGCCACACACACACCCGGACCACGGGGGAACCAGAGCCCUGAUGACGGCUGGAACACCGUACCAAUCUCUACCAAAAACAGACCCAUCGACCCAACACGACUAAGCAAGAUCACCAAGCCUGGAGCUCUGGACUUCAAUAAUCAGCUUCUUGCCCCUGGAGGUAAAGGCACGUGGGGCAGUUGGGGCAAAGGCAGCAGUGGAGGAUCAGGAGCAAAACCCAGCGACAGCGCUCAAGACUCUGGUCGUCCGAAUACUUUAAACCGUUUCUCAGCACUUCAGCAGCCUUCGUCAUCAUCUUCAUCAUCAUCAUCUUCGGCGAACAUCGACUCUGACCGCAGGCUUCCUCACAGGAACAGCUCUAGUCGUGAGCGCAGUGAUCGUUUCGAGCGACGGGAUGAGCGCAUGGAUCGGGCUGGUGAUCGGUACGAGCGCAGAGAUGAGCGAGAGCGUGGGUCAGAUCGGAACCGUCCUGCUGUGGGCAAACGCAGCUUCAGCCGUGAGAAGGAGGAGCGCAGCCGUGAGCGUGAGCAGCAGCAGCAUUCCUCUGAGGUGCUGCGCCGCGGCUCCAGCACGACCACCGACCACAGGGAGAGAGACAGAGAGAGAGAACGAGAGCGCAGCGUAAAGAGAGAGAGUGUAGCAGCAGUGCCUCCUCCUCCAGCUGCUGCCUCUAAACCUGCCCUCACUGAAGAAGAGCUGGAGAAGAAAUCCACUGCUAUCAUUGAGGAGUAUCUGCACAUCAAUGACCUGAAGGAGGCGCUGCAGUGUGUCAGUGAGCUGAACUGCUCGUCUCUGCUCUCGGUGUUCGUCCGCACAGGAAUCGAGUCAACUCUGGAGAGAAGCACACUCGCUAGGGAACACCUGGGUUUACUGUUUCACCAGCUGCUCAAAACACAGACACUAACAACACAACAAUACUACAAAGGGCUGAUGGAGGUGCUGGAGGUGGCGGAGGACAUGGCUAUAGAUAUCCCUCAUAUCUGGCUGUAUCUGGCCGAGCUGAUCUGCCCAAUGCUGCAUGAAGGAGGCAUUCCCAUGGGGCCACUUUUCAGGGAGCUGAGUAAACCUCUGCUGCCGCUAGGGAAAGCUGGAGUCCUGCUGGUGGAGAUCCUCAACCAGCUCUGCAAAGGAAUGAGUCAUAAGAAGGCCGGUGUGAUGUGGAGAGAAGCUGGACUGAACUGGAGAGAGUUUCUGCCUGACGACCAGGACGUCAACAAGUUCGUCACCGAGCAGGCUGUGGAGUUCACAGUUCUGGGUGAUGAGUCUGUGUUUGAGGACAGGAAGUCGUCCCUGAGUCCCGCACAGAUCUCUGCAGAGCUGGAGCGCCUCCUGCAGGAGAAAGCAGAUAACCAGAGGAUCCUGGACUGGCUCGAGGCUAAUCUGGACGAGCAGCAGGCCACGUCUAACAUGCUUGUGCGCGUGUUGAUGACCUCCGUCUGCCAGUCCUCCAUCAUCUGUGACAAUCCGUAUAAAGUGGACACGACAGAGAUGAUCCAGCGGGCGAAGCUGCUGCAGCGCUACAUUAAAGAUGAGCAGAAGGAGCUGCAGGCGCUCUAUGCUCUACAGGCACUGAUGGUGCAGAUGGAGCAGCCACCCAUUGCGGGGGAACGGCACCUCCGUGUGGACUGGAGCCCCAGCAGUUCCCGCUCUGAUCUGACCCUGCUGGGCAACACCCACACCAGCCUGACCCACGGCACAUUCGGGCCCUCAGAGACGCUCCUGCAGGUGCCGCCAUCUCCAGCUCUUCAUCUUAGCGAUGCUCCAGACACAAGCUGA